AUGUCGACUCAGACCGCGUUCUCGUCCUUCGAUCCCCUCGCCACACACCCGUUCACGAACAACUCCGGCUUGCUCCCCAAGCCCACCGCGCCGUCGCACACGAAGUCGACCUCGAGCGGGCCGAAGCCCAUCUUCGUGCCGUUCCGCCCAGAGCGUUCGUCGCCGGAGCUGGAUGACAUCUUGCUGAAGAAGAGGGUCUCGGACGUCUUCGCGAACAAGGAUACCUGGAGCAUCGACCAGCUGGAGUACGCGCCGGGCAGCUCGCUGAACGCCAGACGGUGAUGCCCGUGUUCGCGAUACCCAUUGUUGUGCUAUACCCAUCCAUGAUCAUGACAUGACGACUUGUCGUCGUCGAGAGUUGUGGAUUGUACUCUAUCCCCAUGCUGUGUGCUCAUCAUGGCCAAACCCGCUGCGUCGAUGUUGAAAAGCUGUGGACUGUAAUCAUAUGAACAGGAUACGAUAUAUAGGGUAAUCGGCGCCAUCUCGGAGGGAUUCGUGACUUCUCCAUUGACUCGCAUGUACUUGUGCUUCUUCCCCUGGUCUCAUCUAAUGCAAUAACUUGUCCGCUGCUGCCUAUCAU